GCCGACGAAACGCAGUGAAAAAAUUUACCGGCAUAUGUGAAGACGCGUGUGCAGUUGAACAGAGUUUGUGCAAUGGACAGACUUUGACGCUUUAAACAGUGGAUAUUUUCUGAAAUAUUGGACAUUUGUUUCAAACAUGCCUCACCACAGACAUCACCGAAGUCAGCGUGGAAGUGGUAAAGACGAGACAAACAACAACGAAACCAGCGUGGUUGAAGGAACUGUACAACAUAACGAUAAUCAGCCGGCUGUUAACCGACAUUCAGUUGUAAGCUGUUGUAUGCCGUCUGGGUGUCUAUGUUCCGAAGAAAGUAUAGAUCCCUCGGACGCCGGAGACGCUGUCAAAGUGGUAUGUAACAAUGAGGCUUGUGCUGAAGGUACGUGGAUGCAUAAAGUCUGUUUUGAUGAUUGGGAGGACGGGGUUUUGGCCUACCUGAAGUCGUGUGGCAGGGCACGUAGCUGGAGCGAAAAGCAACGGUUGCAGAAUUUGUGGACCAAAAAGGGCUAUGAUCUUGCGUUUAAAGCAUGUGAUUGUCGUUGUGGUCGUGGUCAUCUAAGGAAAGAUUUGGACUAUAUACCACCCCCCAAGAAUGACAACGCCCGAAAACACAAGAAAAAGACGAAGAAAAAUGACCGUCCAAUGCCCGUGGUUACCAGCGGUAAGAGUGGUUCGCAUAACGUCAAUCAUUCGAAUGUAAAUCACGGCCACCACGUCGACGGAAACCUUAACGUCAGUGGCCAAAACGGGAACCGAAACAACCAAGGGCCCAAUAUAGUGGGAUUAAACAUUAAUGCCAACACUAUACGAAACAGAAACAACUCCAGCAGCGAACCAAAGCUUGACAACGCUAACGCCAACCGUAACGUCACUGGAAUAUUAAAUCCGCCCAAUAAAAACUCAACCGGCUCAACCGGGAAGAACAAUGACAACAACACUGGUAGUGCUAACAGCAUCAGUAAACCUAUAAACACCUCUGCUAUCGUCCGUCCUAGGACCGACAGUCUCGGGAGUACUGGUAGUUCCUCCGUCAUUUCAACGGGGUCGAGCUCGCCGACGCCAUCGCCGCCUCGGAACGGAAACAACGUGCUGAUACGGGCCCCAAAGCCUAAGUUUGACACGUGCUCGACUGACUCCACCCAGACGUCGUUUUCUAAUAUUUUCCGUCGACGUCAUGAUCUAGCUGCGUUCAACAUGCUUCCACGUCACAAACAGAACCCGUACCAUAUCAAAAUGGAGGAUGACGGGCCGCCAGGUAACGACGAGACGAGGAGUUUUGUGCUAAACCAUUUGAGCACUUACAAGGUGUCAUCUUUGAACUGUGUGCUGUGCAUGUGCUCACUUCCGGUGUUCGAUCGCUAUCCAAUGAUCGACGGCACAUUCUUUCUGUCUCCCCAAGCCUAUGGCGACGGCGUCGUCCAGGUUAUAUCCGAAGGCCGGCUUCAGUUUAUCAACGCUGUGUGCGUUAACUGUCUAGAAGGCGCAAGCAAUGUCCAGUGCACUGCGUGCAAAAGGAAAUGGGACGGAAGCACCCUACUCCUCGGCUCCAUGUAUUCUUACGACAUCUUCGCCGCCAUGCCUUGCUGUCAGAAGCGACUCACGUGCAAGCAUUGCCGACGUGCCGUCGUCGACAUAAACAACGGCUUGGCGUUCUACAGCGAGUACAGCCGAAUGAUAGCGUGCCCCUACUGCAAGGCACACGACUAUCAUUUCAUACGUCCAAUGCAGGAGACGUUCGCCGUGAAGCCAUACCAACCGGCCCAACAACAACCUAUAUGGAAUUAAUGACUAGUAAACUUUAGAUAACCACAAAUACUAGCAUUGUGAGUAACUUUUUACAUGGCAACGUUUUGUAUUAUUCAUUUUUUGCAAUAUAUAUAAACUGUGUGUUACUCCAACCGAUAACAUUGAUGACCGGUACAUCUCGAUAUCAUCGUAUAACCAUUAGUAAAACAAAAGAACUAUGAUGGAAUAUUUUGGACAGCUUCAUUCGGACUAAUUAUUUCGAAAAUCUGAGGACAAGCAUCUGGAUUUUAGUUCUCAUUUGAAUUCUAAACUUUUUUGGGAUUUUAACUUUUUGUUCAAAGGUUGGUGCAACAUUGUUUUUAUGUUCAUUUUUUCAUUUCAUCGCGUGGAGUGGAUGAAAUUUUGGCGUGGGAUAUUUUAUUCAUAUUGGUGCGACUGUAUGUGACUUUGCAAACAUUAAUUUUCAAGUGCCUGAAUGACACUUCGCAUAUUUGUAUUCGUUUUAAAUACGGAGUAUUUGGUGCACAAUUUUGUAUUACGUGUUGGCUACGGAAGCUGUCGAGGGUCCAAUAGGAUGUUCUUUUAAGCGUGUUGUGUCGGGAAAAGUUUAGAUACGGAUUGUUUACUAAUGACUUGAGAAAGCCUUUGUGGUAUGGUGCAGAUAAGAGUUCCAGCAAUGACAUCCGAUCGUAAUUUGUGAUUUAUUUCAGUAGAUAGAUUUUCGCGGCCGUCUCCCUAUCUGGGGCCCCAAAAGAAUUAUUGAGACUUUAUAACAUGCUAUACAAUAGUAUGUAAUAUGUUAGUUCACGGCACCCAUUAAUUUGCUAAUUGUAUACACACGUAUAUAUAUAUAUAUAUCAUACUAGCUUUCGAGUUAAAAAGAUUCGUUUUUGUAAUGACUAAAAUCUUAGUGAUUCACAGCACAAACCUUCGUGAAAUGUGAACAGAACGUAAAAACAAAUAUAUUUAUCGUUCAUAUAUUUGCUAGUUUUGCUCAGUCGUAGAACUGGGGAACACUUUUAAAUAAACUGUAGUUAUAUCUCCUAGUCGUCCGCUAGUGAUGAUUCGAUCACGCUGGACAUUUUUCAGAAAUGUUUCAUUUUUUUGUAAAUCAGUAUUUGAUUAUAGGGCAACUUGGACAUGGUACUGUGUUUCAAGUACAUCACUUGCUGUAUAUAUGAUAUACUCGUACAUUGUAUGCCGUUGUUUGUAAGUCGCUUGUUUGCUGACGUGGUCUGAGAGACGUAGCGGUUACUUCACUACUGCAAACUGAGGAAAAUGGCAUUGUCUGUUUAUUUUUUUGAAAUAAUAAAAACAAAAAAAUAAUGA